AUGUGGCAGACAGUCAGAAAGUGCACUUUCCCACACCGGCUAUCUUCGGCUCUCGUCCACUAUCCCAUCCGCCAAGACGACGGAGUGAAAUACGAUGGAUCUAUUGUCAAGAGGCAGGCUGCGCACGCUGUGAUGAGGAAACCUCGACACUAUGUAUCUGGAACAUGCUGUGUAUUGAAUGUCGGUGCGACUCUUGAACAAGCAGGCGGCAGUUGGCAUCCAGCGAGCCCAAUGAACCCAAGAUUCCAAACCUUGGCUUACACAAGAAAUGCGCAGGUCCCAGUUCUGAGAUCCAUAAAGGCUUGCUUGUACUACUCGACCUUUCCUCGAAGCUUCCUCCCAUCAUCAUCUGCGGCGCCCGGCAGUUCUCUUCUAUCAUCCUCAGUAAUAGUUUGGCCGGCUAUGAAAGUCUUGUCCAAGAGCGACCUCAUCAUCAACACUCUAUCCAACCUGCGUACCGACCCUCAGCUGGAGCCAGUGAACUGCUAUGUUCGUCAUUAUCCACAGCAGGCAAUGGCUAAUGUUGAUUCCCCCCUGGGCCCCUACUUCCUGACUAUCACCAUUCCAUUAGUAAUGCACUGUACCUCCUUGAAAGCGGCGAGAGAAGAAAGAAUAACUUUAGACAGAUGCAAAGCUGCCAGGCCUUUAACCUAUUCUGUCCAUAAAUCUUUUGGUGAUUUCCAGUUUCUUUGCCUUCGUGCUAGGAGCGUAGUUCAUUCCGCUACAUCUCUAUUUCAUAUGUCUAUAGAAUGCAUGUACAGAGACUGGCAAAGCAGCCUACGCCAUCGUGACCAACCGCAGUACGGAGCCUAG